GCCUAUUUGAAUAAGAGACCGUCAAAGGCGUUCCAGAACACUGUUGCGUCACAAAGCGCCAUCUAGCGUCCCGGUAACGGAACAACAGUGCGACACUGAACACCGUACGGACAACACGCUCGUCAGCGUCUACGUACGUCUCAGUUCUCUCACUGGUAGAUUUUCCCGCCACAAUGAGUCGAGUGGCAGACAAAUGCCUGAGUGGCGUAUUUUACGUCCUGACGGCGCUAUCACUUGUGAAAAAGCCCAAGUCAGCAGGGGAAAAGCUAAGAGUCACGGUCCACGCAGCAAGUGGCCAGGGGAGUUUUGGUUCCGGCAAGUUCAUGACAACAAUUAAGUUGGGCGAGGAGAAGUUCCGAACUGGACUGAAGAAGGCGGCAUCUCUGAUAUGGGAGGAGUCAGCUGAGUUCUCAUCUUGGUCCAGAUCUUCCGAUGAUCAACAAAAUAUUGUACUGAAGCUGAGGAAGGCAAAGAAGUGUACCGAGCGAACGGUUGGAACCGUCACCAUCAACGUGAAGGAAGCUCUGGAGACCAACCUCCACUUGCCGGUCAAGAGGCGCUAUUUGGUGACACCUAGCGACAAACAGCAGAAGGGCAGGGUAUUCCUUGAGGUCUCUGUGGCUGUUGCAGUUGAUGACGGGAAGAAGCCGAGUAUGCAAGAAACUGCAGAUAAGCCCCGCUCUUUUUUCAAGAAACGUAAAGCCGGUACCAACUCUCAAAUCUCGGGAAAGCCCAAAGAAGGAGAGGCUUCUUCUGCAUCAGUUCCGAGCGAACCCCAGAAGGAUGAUUCCACUGCGUCCACGAAUGCACAGGCAGCGGCGCCACCUGCCGAGAUCGACCCCCACUGUAGGGAGCAGAUCUCUGCCAUCACCAGCCUGUAUGAGCAGCUGACAGCGAAGCAGACAUCCUCGGCGGACUUGCUGACGUACGUCGACGGUCUCCGCGCCAAACUGGCUGUAGCGGCGCCGCACGUGUUGGACAAUGUGGUGAUCAAAAACAUGGCAGCAAACGUUCCAGACGCCACAAACUAUGAACUUCCAGACAUGGCCGGUGAGAGUUUGGAGGGGCUUGGGAAGAUUUUGACGGUUGUGCAGAGGUUGGACAAAGAGGAAGACGCGCGGCUCCAUUUCAUCCAGAAAUGGUAUGUCGAUGAAAUUUGUCGGCAGGCGAUGGAGGAGGCACCCGAAGUGCUGGAAGGCGGCUGAUGUUAUACCUAAGUACGUCACAAUGUGGCAGAUAUGGACUGCCGUUAAAAGUUUUUUCUCGGACAUCAGUUUGAUGAACGAUCUUGUUAUUGCCCAGAGCUGUUUUUACAUUGUUGACGCUUACAACUGUAGGUUACAGGUGUACGAGUUUUACGUAUUUGUUCUAUUUGAUGAUCUUUUGUGUAUUAUAUUCACUACCAAGAACAGCACAAGUUUUCAUACCUCGUCAACGUUCCAUGAAAUUUUCCACGAGUGGCUACUUCUACGUUUGUCUCAAGGAACGUUCUAUUAUGGACUCUUAGAAGAGAACUAUAUAGUUUUACACUAGUUCUCGGACAACUGUUUACUUAGUCAACUUACCCAUGUCCAAGUAUCAAGUUUGUUACUGUUUUCAAUGACUUUUGGAUGUUCCAAUUAAAAG